GGCUCCAAGUGCCUGUCCUGGACCAAGCGAUCCUUUUCUAUCUUACACUCAUGUUCUGCUUGCUAGAAAAACUCGAAAUAUACCUUUCACACUCCACGCAGACGGUAUGAGAGGAAAAGCACUUCGUUGCCAUAAACCAUGCAUGGCAGGGCGCAGUCAGGCAUACCAGCCAAUAAGGAUGCACCGUGUUAUCUGCCAGUCAAGCUGCUUGCUUUAGUGAGCGCCGAGCCUGGAGGGUACGGACAAAUGGAGCCACAUUGCGCAUCUACUGAUUGAACCAAGUAUAACCGGAAGGGCGUCCUAUAAGUAGGCCAACAGUUCCUCCGACUGACUGUGACUGUGCGUUUUUUUUUGCUUCUCUGGGUACCCGUCCAGUCUCUCUACUUCAAACUCUCCACUGCUCGGUUGUAUAACUUAACUCUAUUGCCUUCGUUGAACAGUUUGACUGCACCCGUAUCAAGAAGUAUAUAACUAUGGGUGCAUCCAGCUCUAAACCCGAGGUCACUUCUGCUCUAUCUGACUCUUCUUCUGCGAUGAAGAACGAGAAAUCCGAUUACCUCGAGGAGCUGUCUCGAAGUACCCAAAGACUGAGCCUCAAUAUCUCCAAGCCCAUAUCUCCCUCCGGUGCGAUUACCAUAGAUACUGUGGAACAAUGGGAAUCCAGUAUCAGUUCUAACCCCAAGCUGGAACUGUCUCGUACGAUCUUGAAUCACCAGGAUAUACGGACGACAUUGCAAUCUCGAGCAGCAAAGAUCGCCGAUGCACAUGUGUUUAAUACAAAUUUGGACUUCAAGACUGGACCGAUUACAAACCAGAAAUCUAGUGGGAGAUGUUGGUUGUUCGCUACUACCAAUGUGCUCAGGUACAAUGUGAUGAAGAAGUUGAACCUGAGCGAGUUCCAGUUGUCUCAGGCGUAUCUGUUCUUUUGGGACAAACUGAACAAGGCAAACUAUUACCUCGAAUUGUCUAUCGAGCAUGCCGACUUGCCGGUGGAUGACAGAUUGGUGUAUCACCUAGCUGAGGACCUCAUCAGUGAUGGAGGUCAGUGGGACAUGGUCGUAAACCUUCUCGAGACAUAUGGUGUUGUACCUCAAGCGCUCUUCCCCGAAUCCCUCCAUUCCUCCCUCUCCUCACCCAUCAAUAGUAUCCUCAAGACGAAACUUCGCGAGCAUGCCUUAAUCCUCCGUUCUCUCGCUUCCUCUCUGCGCUCCUCUCCUCGGGCUCUUUCCGAAGAAGCCGUCCUAGCGACUCUUCGUGCGAAGAAAGAAAGUCUUAUGAAAGAGGUGUAUACUAUUAUGAGUGCUACAUUGGGUGUCCCUCCUUCUGCGGAUGAGAAGUUUGUCUGGGAUUAUUAUGAUAAGGACGGCAAGGCUGCGAAGUGGGAGGGUACGCCACAGGAGUUCUAUCGCAGCGUUGCUACUGAUAAAUAUCCGCCUGCGGAUUCUUUCUCGCUCAUUAAUGAUCCUCGUAAUGAGUACGGCAAGCUCUACACCGUGGACAAGCUUGGUAACCUGUGGGGUGGCCGACCUGUUCUAUAUGUGAACACGGAGAUUGAACAACUCAAGAAUGCAGUCGUCAAGAUGAUCAAAGCGGGUCUACCCGUCUUCUUCGGAUGCGAUGUGGGCAAGUUCUCUGAUAGGGAUGCGGGGAUCAUGGAUCCCGGCUUGUUCGAAUAUAAGAAUGCAUUCGACAUCACUUUCGGACUCACCAAGGCGGAUCGAUUGCGUGUGAAUGAGUCUUCCAUGACCCAUGCCAUGGUCAUCACUGCUGUUCAUCUCGACUCUUCUAGCAAGCCUGUACGCUACAAGGUGGAGAAUUCUUGGGGUGAAACCGCCGGUGAGAAGGGAUGGUUCGUUAUGACAGAUGCGUGGUUCAACGAGUUCGUAUACCAGGUGGUCAUUCCGAAGGCUCUCGCACCCAAGGAGCUGGUCAAGGUCUUUGAGAGUAAGGACAAGGUUGUGUUACCCCCUUGGGAUCCGAUGGGUUCUCUUGCGUGAUUUAUUGUAUAUUUACUGUAUACUACGCGUCACUUUUAUGUGUAUGGAGACGUAGGUUUAGGACACGACGGCAAUCUAGUAGUUGGUGUAUAUGCUGAGGGACGACUG